CCGACCAAGCACCCACAAGGGAAGCGCACUGCAAAGAACAUUUAUGGAGAUAAUGACCACCAAGAUGGUAAACUUAACGCAGAGAUGUGUAGGGGCAGUCGUUGGAUCUCUGGUGGCAGACGCAUCAGCUAUGCCAGUGCACUGGAUCUAUGAUAAAGAAAAAAUGAAUAAGGUUUUAGAAGACUGUCAGCAGAAGCCAGAAUUCUUACCUGAAAGUCGCUGUCCCUUUUAUUCGCUCCCCACUGGCAGAUACAGCAGUUACGGUGACCAGACAUUUGUUUUGCUGAAAUCUAUGGUUGAGAACAAAGGAUUGAACACGGAGCACUAUAAGAAAUCCCUAUAUGAAUGUUUUGGCCCUAAAUCAGCUUAUGAAAUUGACCUGGGUCAUCCUAGAACCAAGGAUGAUUUGCCUAUCCCAGGACCCUGGAGACCAGCGUCACUUACUGAUUUUAUAAAGAAUUAUGACCAAGGAUUAGCUAAGACUGGAAAAGACCCAGACUCACAGGCAGAUGGGUUUUCCAAGGUUGCACCAUUAGUAGCACUAUAUGCUGGGGAUACUGGCAAGCUCUUGAAAGAAGUGGAAAAAGCCAUUCGUGUCACCCAAGAGGAUAGCAUUGCUGUUGAAUGUGGGAUGGCAGCUGCAAGUAUAUUGGAAAAGUGUGUGCUUGGCAAAUCUAUAGAGGUUGCUAUCCAUGAGACACUGGAGUCCAGCAGUGAGAAUGUGAAAGGUUACAUACAGAAAGCUAUUGAUGGUAAAGCUACACCCCACACAGACUUUGUACAUACAGUUGGAAGCAGUUGCAGGGUCCCUGGUAACUUUACUAACUCUGUUCACUGUCUGCUCAACUCCAACGGAGAAUUCCGGGACACGGUAGUGAUGACAAUUGCUGCUGGUGGCUGUAACUGUAGCAGAGGUGGCUUUGUUGGGGCAACUCUUGGAGCAGUGUUGGGAAUGACUGGUAUACCAGAGGCCUGGGUCAGUAAAACAUUAAAUGGAGGUGACCUUGUCAAUUUGGCAAACCAACUUGUUUUGUCAAGAGAGUGAUUCUAGAAAGAUUCUAUACCAAGAAAUGAAUAGAAUUUUAUAGGUUGUUUCUGGGUUCAGAUAUUCUGUUUAGUUAUAUUAGCAUACUGUUUGAUCCAUACCUUUAACAAACAACAUCUUCUUUAUUACAAUUUUAUGAGGGUUGGAUCUGGAAGGACUAAAGUGAUCAUCAAUACAAUCAUAUAGGUAUAUGUAUGAAGCCAAAGAAUUUUUGUGUUGAGUCAGUGUAUGUUGAUGUAUGAAAAGAUUAGUAAUUCUAUUGCAUUGUAAGUUAUAAGUAGGUAUAUGUAAAUGCUGGCCAAGUCCUGAGGCUGUCCGCAACACUUUGUAGAUUUUUUUCUGGAAAAGUCACUAAGAUGCUAUGUCUCCUUUCCACUUGUUAUAAAUACGGUAUGUAUGUACCCAUAAUUGGUAAAAAAAUACAUUGAUGUUCAGUGUACUCAAGCAUUUAAAAGAAGUUUGAUUAAUUUGUUAUGUGUCAGCAUAUGUUCCUCAAAUUGAUAACGUGUUACAGGGCCCUUAGAUAUAGGUUGAGUGACUGUGGGAUAAGUACAGUAUUUUGUUUACAUGCUAUUGCUAUAUAUACACAAUAAUUUCUUAUUUAUUUAUUUAUAUAUUUAUAUAUAAUGUGUUCGGUUAGAUAAGCAUAUCACCAAAUCAAUGUAAAGAGAGCAAAACUACGCCAAUCUGUCCAUUUAACAUGGUGUAUUGUCUUGUUGUCUGGCAGGACGCCAUUAGAAUGCGGUGCCAAACAUUGUCUAUAAAUUACCUAGAAUCUUCACACAAUAGCAUUUUCAGUGAUGGAAGUCUAAUUUACAAAUGUUACAUAAUAAUUAGAAAGUUGUGUUUUGCAUAGUUUUACUGAACAUCAAAUCUGUAAUUUGAGGAAUGUUUGUUUCAGAUUAUUUUUACAAAAAAAAAAAAAAAAAAAAAAUGAAAUGCAUUGUCUAUUCUUUUUCUUCAUCUUUAAAUUUUACAAAAUUUUUCUUCUUGCUUUAUCAAAUGUCAUCUAAUUUUUUCAAAAUUUUUAUAGAAGAUAUAGAAGUGACAAUAAGAACGAAUUUAUA